CGCUCCAAUUGGAUUAAACGAGAACCGGGAGAGAAGCGGCGCGCGAGUGAGCGCGAGUGUCGCGCAACUUCUGGGGUAAAAAAGCCGUUAGAAUAAAAAGAAGCUGUGAGGUUCAAACAGAAUGCGGAGCAGCGCGUGGAGCUGAGCGGGAGUUCAGCGCGUGAGUGUGUGAGUGAGGAAUGAGCAGACUGAGACUGUGGGAGCAGCUCCAAGCCGGCACCUCGGAGGUGGACUGGUGUGAGGGCAACUACCUCAUCUACCCCAACAUAGCGGAGUUCUACAACACGAUCAGCAAUGUCUUGUUUUUCAUCUUGCCACCCAUUUUGAUUGGCUUAUUCCAACAAUAUGCUACACAUUAUAACCGGGGAAUUUAUCUCAUAUGGGCCCUGCUCAUUGUUGUCGGCAUUGGCUCAACAUACUUCCAUGCUACGCUGAGCUUUCUUGGUCAGAUGCUGGAUGAACUGGCCAUCCUCUGGGUGCUGAUGUGUGCUAUUGCAAUGUGGUUUCCUAAGAGGUACCUGCCCAGAAUGUUCCAGAAAAACAGGUUUCACUUUAAGCUGAUGGUUGGCGUGCUGUCUGGCGUCACCACGUGUUUGGCCUUUGUGAAGCCGGUGAUCAACUCUGUCUCUUUGAUGACUCUGGGCAUCCCCUGCACGGCUCUGCUCAUUACUGAGCUCAGAAGAUGUGAGAACCCACGUGUGUUUAAGCUGGGUUUAAUCUCUGGAGUCUGGUGGGCUCUUGCUCUUUUGUGCUGGAUCAGUGACCAGAUCUUCUGUGAGAUGUGGUCCACUAUCAACUUCCCUUACUUGCACUGUGUUUGGCACAUACUCAUCUGUCUGGCCUCUUACCUGGGCUGUGUGUGUUUCGCCUAUUUCGACGCAGCCACUGAGGCUCCAGAGAGAGGACCUGUCAUACUGUUCUGGCCCAGCGAGAGGUGGGCCUUCAUCGGGGUCCCAUAUGUUAUGCUGCUCCACACCCCACGGAAAUCCUCCGUCAAGGUGACGUAGAGGGUCAGGAAGUGCCACAAAGGGAUAUUUAGGUUAUGUAAAGAGGGAAUAAAGUGACAUAGAGAUGUCAUAAUAUAAUGAAGGCCUCCAAAAUUGACCUGUCCAUGCUCAACCCACGAAAAUGCACUCUUUUGAAACUAACGUUACAAGCUUGGACAAGCUUUACAGUAUUUUAGCAAAAGUCCCAUUCAGAAUAGCUAGUUUUAGAGAGUGUAUUUGAAAUUAUAUUUAUUUUGUCAUGCAUUCAAUGUAUACAUAGCGUAUGCAAGGCUACAGCUAGCAUUUGUUAAACCUUUGGAGGUUUAAAUAUUCUCGCCUCUGUUGUCUGUCCACAGCUGUCAUAAAUACCUUGAGUUUACUGAUGUAGCUCAAGGCAACAUAUUGUUAUGCUUUCUGUUUUUGCCGUAAUGUCAGUAAAUACGGCAAGAACAACACUGAUAGUGGAACAGUGUUACUGACAAAUCCUUCAAACUUCAGCCAUGCUACAGCUGAUAGUAGUGUAGGCUACAAAGUUAGCUAAGCUAGCUAGCCUUUGAAUUUUCUAUAAAGCCAAUCAGUUAUGGGUAUCAGUGAAAACUUUGAUUACACAUACAAAAAAAAUCCUUUAACUUCAGCUUGCUAGCAACAUUAAAAAUAGCAUUGAACGUUAGGCUAAGCUUUUACAAGCUUUUACAAAAACAGCUAUGAAAACAGUAGCUGUGAAAAACACGUUUGUAGAAGGAGCACCGAUCUGUCACUUAACGUAAAACAAAGUUAUCAGGCGACAGGUGGCCAAAAGGAGACAAAAGACAUAAAGAUGCUAUACGGUGAAUAAGGCUAUUAGGUAACAUAAGUGAUUCUACCUCAGGCAGCCUCUGUGUCAGUGGCAAAGACUCCAUUAGUGCACAAGUUUCCAUUCAAAAUACCAGCAGUUGUGGUGGAAGCCUGAGCUGCACAAUUAAUAUUAAAAGCACAGACACAGCUGUCUUUGUUUUACAGCUAUGAUGAAACAUACCUGAUUGCUUUCCCAAAAGACAUUUUUGAGGUAUUGGUGCCAAAUAUUUUAUAAACAUAUAAAAUAUGCAUAUAUGUUUAUUCUGAAUCAUUGAUGAAUUAGUGUGAUCAAUGCAGUCAAUGCAAUAGCAUAAUUUGAUUUUCAGGAUUUUAUUUAUGUACUGUACGGCAGUAUGCCUAAUGGAAUACAUAUUGCACAUAAAUCAGAUACAGGGAGAAGAUACUCUUUAAGCUAAGGCUAGGGGAGUUCCAUUUCUUUUAAAUAUCUGCAUAAUUUGGUUGUUAAGAUGUAAAUAACAUUAUUCUGGGUGGUUUGAUGUGAAAUGGUUUAUUGUAGAAAAACUUACAGAGUCAGAUUGCUUAACAGUGGUUGUGGCAGGAUCGAGUGGUCACAAUUUGCACGUUAUUUACUAUCCAAAAUGACCAGCGAACCUACAUAUGUCUUCUUCCUUUUUUUUACGUUAUGCUGGUAAUGGUAAAAUAACCACUUUGAACAAUUUUGACUUUUGACAAUUUUGGAAGUAAGUUUCUCUACAGUGGAGCAUCUCACAUCAUAUCACUCUGAAUGACUUUGUUUACAUCUCAACAACUGAAUUAUGCAAAAAUAAAAUUUUAAAAAUUGGUGGAAUUCCCCUUUAAGCUUUUGAGUAUGCCUGUGCUACUAUAAGCUUAUGAAGACAUUGCUUUUGUUGAUGAACAUAUUUAUAUACCUUCUUAUUAUCUUCGUACAUAUGGUGUCACUUAAUAUUCUGAUUUGCUGGUAUUUUUAAGAGGGCUUUACAUUUUACAUGAAUUUAAAUAAUUCAUUUUCUACAUAUAUACAAGUGCUUUAAGAAAGACAUAUCAUAAGAAACCAUCUAUAAUGUAUGUCAUAUAAAAUGCAAAGGUACAUGAAGUUAAUGGAGAAGUUGCUGAGUCAAUGCAAAUACAUACAUUGUGCAGUCACAGUAACUCCACAUCCAAACACUUGAUUCAACUUUGAGAGGAACUGUUGUCACGGUCACUCCAGGACUACCUCCAGGCUCAUAGACUGCAUGAUAUUAUAUUAUGUACAUUAUUUUACAUUUACGUCCUUGUUUUGUUUGAAUGAUGGCCACAAACCGUAAUCACCGAAUGAACCUUUAAAUUGGGGCUUGACACAUAAUACUGAUGUGACUUAAAAGGCCCAUAUCAUGGAAAACUGAAUUUUCCUCACCAUUUUAAAUGGAAGUGAUGAUGUAGUACAUAAACACUGUUAAAGUUUCAUAGCAUGCAGUUCAUUUCUCAGACCAUGCAGUCCAUAUGUAGACACUUAGCAGCAAAAACAUAUAUUUGCCUAUUCAGCCUACAGCAGUUUAGUUCCACCCGUUUAUGUUGAAGACUGCUUUUUGAAUGAGGCACAGUGCAGAGCAGCCAAUCAGAACAGAGCAUAUGUCAUAUGUAUUUGCAUAUGUCAGUCUGAAAGGCACAGUAACAAAAAUAGCCUGUUUAAUUCUAAGGGAAAAAGAGAGGCUGGGAAACUGUCAAUGUUCUACACCACUAGAAAUGUGCUAAAGUACAUUAUAAACCAAAACUUUACCUCAAAACUCAUACAGUAAUGCCUGAGGCUUCAGGUAGCGUAUUCAUAACUGUUUCACGUAAAAGCUUUCUGAGAGGGAGCUUUUUGAAGCGUCUUCAGACGUUUGGUUCCUAUUACUGCAAGUGUGAACAAUUCUGACUCAGUGAACGGAGCAUUUCACAUCAAACUAACCUGAAAGACUAGAUAUGAAGUAUUUCAUUUUGUGGAAAUUUUGAAAAAUUGAUGGAAUUCCCCUUUAAUAAGACAAAACUACUUCAUCUACCAGAGUACUGACAGUUUGCACUUUUAAGACGAGAGGGAAAGUGACUUGCAAACAUCCUGACAAUUCAAGGAUGUUUUUCUUCAGAAUCAUAAAGCACAUCAGCUACUCCAUAUUAUGUAUUUUGAAUGUAUUUU